GUUGAGACCGUAAUCCAGAACAUGAUAGUCCCAUGCCAGCCCGCUUUGCGUGAAGCGGCGGCGCGUCAUGCAACACCAGCGGGUGAAGUGAGAGGCAGUUAUGGCAUUGGUGGCAGCACUAGCAGCCGACCUCGACAGACCCCUGAGCGCCUUUUAGCGGUAGCGAUCGCUGGUGCAUGUACAACGAGGAGGAGAGCUCAACUUCCGAGAUAUUUGUGUCGAGCUACCAAAGAUGACGAGGUGCAGGUCAAGGACAAAGAGAAACAGGCUUUGGACUUUGACGUGCCAUCCAGGGAAGAAUUGGAGAGCCAGCAAAUACAGCUGCUAGAGGCCACAGGUGCAUUGGAACUACAACGGAAGGAAGAGGCCUUCCAAGCUAGGAAAAAGUGGAAGGAAAAACACCCAUCACCGCUCGACCGUUGGUCACAAGAGAUGCAAGAAGUUCGGAAUGACACGGAGCGCAGAAUGCUGUGGGGUGAUCUCAAAAAGAAGUCCGGACGCCACAAAAGAUACAGGGGCAAGAAGGUGGGAGAAGAAGAGGGGAAAAUGAAAUUCAACAGAGGCUUUCCCUUGGAGGACACAGAAGCUCAAGAGCAAGCAGAUCAAGAAAGAGACAGGAAGUGGCUAGACAUGUGGCGAGCAAGCUGGCCGGAGGGCCACACCUUGGACCCCCACGACCCCGAGUCCUUCGGCUUUGCGUUCGUCGGGACGGUCACUGGCGCACACGGCGUUCAUGGAGAUGUGCGCGUCCGCGCAGAUGAUUUUAUUUGUGACCAAGGCUAUGACCCUGCGACGCACUUGGCGCGUCGAAAUUUCAGCAAUUUCACGGAAGACUCCAAGCGGGUACACUUGAAAGCGCCCCACAGGCGUUUUCCUCGUCCUUUCAGGAUUCUUACCGGCAAAAGAGUUCAGCGUCGUGUUUUUGCGCUGCGCUUGCAUGGAGUUGAGUCGCCAGAGGAGGCAGUGGCACUCCGAGGCUACAGAGUUUUCGUGUUGGAACCACCUCCAACUCCAGAGGAAAAGGCUAAGGAUGAAGAGCAAGCAGGAGUUGACCUUUAUGAUGCUGGGACUACCAAGUUUCACACACGUGAUGCUUUGGGGUUGAUCGGCUCCAAAUGCGUGAUGGUCACAGGGGAGGUGUCAACAGAGACCUUGGGCUCCUUUGCAGCAGCAGAGACGCCGGAAGAGGCCAAAGAGGUUCUUUCGCAAGCUGGAGCGGGUAUGAAGCACUUUGGAUUUCUGUCUGCAGUGGUGCCUGACUAUAAGAUCUCUCGCAGACAUCGGGGACGAAAGGCCGCACAUGACCUUCUUGACAUCACGCUAGUGGAUGAGGCUGGAAGACGGCUGAAAUAUGAAAGGCCAGCCGUAUCAACUUGCCAGGUGAUGGGAGGCGAAGGGACGUAUCUCUACGAGCCGGAUCCGGAGUCUGCAGCCGGAAGGGCAUUGGACAUGGACAGCUGGCGCACUGCAGAUCCUGAUUUUGAGCGCGUGGUCUAUGUGCCCUUCGUUCCAGAUCUCAUUGCUCGCGUUGACGCAGACAGGGCAGGAAGUACCGUCUAUUUCACUCUUUCUGAUGACUAUAUCGAGAAAACUUCCUUCUCCUGCCGGAAGCGCAUUGUGGAUGAACGAGGGCUUUUGGUGAUCCCCCGAGGGCCUCAGGUCAAAGCACUUCUGCCACCAGAGGGAAAGUCUCAUGCUCUUCAACGACGAGACGGAAAGCAGCUUCCACUGCAUGGAACUGCUCCACCAGCCCCAGAAGACAUGCCCCACCCAGCUGGGAAGGCCUUCCCUGCAACCAGCGCUGGAGUACCUGAACCUCCACUGCACAGGCCUUUCGGAGGCUUGGAUCGCCUGAACAGCGCCAAGAAUCGAUUCAAGAGAUUCUUUCAGGAAUCAGAUCAAGUUGUCUCUCCGGUGGACAUGCAACGUGAUGAGAGGAAAGAGUCUGAAGGAAGUGGCUGAGUGGUGGCUCAUCGUCUUUGUUCAUUUCACCCGACUUACACAAAGAGCAAGUCUUGGAAUCUUCUGCUCUGUUGUGAACAACUCGGAGAAAAGGAGUUUUCCUUUGUC